CAGGUUUACUACAGCACAAGCAGAGUAAUGAAAACAACAGCACAUGCUGUUUAGUAAAGCUAGCGUUGUGGAAAUAGUAGUAUCCUACCUGGUUAUUGUGGAUAUUGUAUACACUAGUGAUUGUACCUGUGCUAGAUUGUUACUUGUGUGUGUGAGCCUGGAUUUAUAGUGAACAUACCCUCACUAUGUACAGCGAGCACAUGUGAUUCCAUCUCACCAUUAGGAUACAUAUACCUGUAAACUUACACAGGAGCUCUAGGAUUCUUACCUGAGUAACUUGUGUGUUGUCUAUCUUAAAGACCCAGGUGAACAUUUGGCAAGACUCCAAAUGAUGUGUAGGGACAAAAUCAGGUCAUAAGAUUUAAUGAAGUAAUAAUAACAACACUUUCCGGAGGAUUAAUUAACAGACAAACGUGUAAGCAGGUGAAUUUAAGGUCUGUUGAAGUGAAUCUGAUAGUUACCUGUAUCUAUUCUUACCUAGGAUACACUAAUUACCUGGAUUGAUAGCACACCUGCACCAUGGACUUACUACCGGUUCUGUUACUGCUGAUGGUACACAUCACUAUGGCUCAGGAUUGGCACAGAGAUUUUGAAGCAUUGAAGAUAUGGCAAAUCAAAGAUGUGCAAGGCAGACAAUCUUACUCCGGUGUCAGUACCCACUCAGACUUCUUCAAACUUCUGUAUACUGAUAGAGAGUCAAUGUCAAUGCUAGUUGGAGCAAGGAAUACGUUGCACAAUAUCAGCAUGGUCAAUUUAGAGGAGAGUUUAGAGAGAAUUGAAUGGCUGCCUAGAUCAUUUGACAUGAACGUCUGCAAAAUGAAACAAAAAUCAGAGGAGGAAUGCCAAAAUUUUAUCCAAGUCCUCGGAAAAAAGGAGUCAGGAGAUUUGUUGGUGUGUGGAACAAACGCUUAUAAACCGAAGUGCCGAAGCUACACGAAAAGCACUGAUUCCGUUGGGUAUACCCAGACAGAAGAAAUGAGUGGUGUCGGUAAAUGCCCAUACAACCCAAACCAUAACAGUUCAUUUGUUUACGCUGAUGAAAGAUUGUUUGGGGCGACCGUGACUGACAUAGCAGAACAAAACCCUCUCAUUCUGAACGGACAGAGGAUUAGGACCCGAUCACACGACUCAAGAUGGCUCAACGACCCAAACUUUGUUGCUUCAUUUGAUAUUGAAGACAAGAUUUAUUUCUUCUUCCGGGAGACGGCAGUUGAAAACAUCAAUUGUGGCAAGGCUGUAUUUUCACGGGUUGCACGAGUGUGUAAGAACGACAAGGGAGGUAACAUAGUCCUGGAGAACACAUGGACAUCAUUCUUCAAAGCACGCCUCAAUUGUUCAAUCCCGGGAGAAUUCCCUUUCUACUUCAAUGAAAUUCAGUCAACCUCAGACUUUUUCCAAGGCAACUACAGAUCUACAGAUUUAAGUAAGGACAGGCAGCAGAUGUUCUAUGCUAUCUUUACCACCCCCGAAAACAGUAUUCGUGGAUCAGCUGUGUGCGCCUUCAGAUACGACGACAUUGUCGAUGUUUUCAAGGGGAAAUUCAAAGGUCAAGAAAAUUUUGGACAUGAAUGGCUGCCUGUUCCCGAUGAAAACACUCCCAAGCCCCAUCCAGAAUCCUGCUCAGAAGACAGCGAAAACAUUGGCGAAGAUACCAUGAACUUUGUCAAGUCUCACACGAUGAUGGACGGUGCUGUUCCAUCAUUUGGAGGUGCCCCCCUGUUAAUGAAACUCAGUCUAAAGUCUAGAUUCACUAAAAUCGCCAUCGAUUGGCAGGUCCAUGCUGCUGAUAACCGAUACUACGACAUCAUGUUUGUCGGCACAGACGAUGGCAGAGUGUUGAAGGCUAUAAACAAAGGACAAGGUAAAGAUAUUGAAUCUGUGAUUCUGGAGGAUAUUCAGGUGUUCGAGGAUAAGCAACCUGUUACCGACAUGAAGAUCUUCCACGAUAAACAACAUGGAUUAGACAAGCUUAUCGUCAUGUCGAGAGAAAAUAUUAUGUCCAUCCCUCUUCAUCGCUGUGAGCGUGCUCUAACCUGCAGUGAGUGUGUGGGCCUGCAGGAUCCGUACUGUUCAUUUGUUGACACCACCUGUGCUGCCUCUGACAGAGGAUUACAGAGUAUUGUUGAUGGCAAGUUACCAGCGUGCGGCACCCCCUUAGAAACAACAACAAAGACAGUGACACCUGUACCUACACCUGCUGUUGCCAUGCCAACAGCCAGCCCACAAUGCAACUGUUCCUGUGGAGCCUCUAGCAACAGCAUCCCCAACGCUCAAUCUCAUAGCAAUCUUGGAGUAACGGACAAUACAGUCACAAAAAUGCCUCAAGAUGGCAUGGCAGUGAAACCUGAUGAGAAAGUGUUUGCAUCCAACCAGAUGGAGGAAAGCUCUGUUGUUGUUGGGGAGAAACUGGAGGAAGCAGAACCGUCAUCUUUAAGUGUUGCUGAAACAGCGAUCGCCAUUGUGGUUGCUAUAGUGAUAUCCUCCAUAUUAAGUUUUGUGGCGGGCUACAAAGUGCGGUCCUGCACUCAUACCAGUGACGACAAUGACGAUGCAUUCCUCACAGAAAAACAAGACAUUUACGGUUCUUUACAUAAAAAUCACCAACGGACAUUGUCACAGGACUCGAAUAAAGAACCCAGAUAUGUUAAUCAUUCCGAUAUAAAUAAUUCAAAUAAACAAUUAAAUUUAGUCGUGAAUUUACCGAAAGGAUCAAAUUUACCGAAUGGCAAUGCGCCAGCUAAACCAUUUUCGAACGCGAAUGUUCCGGUUUCUACAGACAAUAAGACCUAUGUGUAGUGUGCGCAAUCUUCAGUGACUGUUGUGUUCUGUAAAAACGCACAAGUUAAGUGCUGUGAUAGACUCUAGGUUGACAAAGGUGCAAGGCCAGUGUUACCAUAGAUACCAUGGUUUGGGCUCUUCGAGCUAGCAUGUCCGGAGUGCAGCCUAUAAGUUGUCCGGAUUGCAGCUUGCAAGUUUGUCGGUUUCGCAGAGGGUGACAUAUUUUUCAUCUGUGAUGUUUAAAUGUGGAAAAACAAUAAAUCCAUUCUUACAUUCCAAGAUGAGGUCAGAUGGAGGUACUCUCAGAAGCAGGUAUUCUGGAGAAGGCCAUAGGUCGCUGUGUGACCUUGACCUUAUAGUGUGCAUCGUCAUUCCAAUAUGAAGGAUGUUCUUUGACCCUCUUCAGCGUGACCUUGUAACAAACUGCCGUAGACCGUGGGGAUAUAAGUGCUUAGAAACUAAAGACACAUUGCACAAGAUUUUUGUACAUAUUUGGUAUUGUAGAUAUGUAUAUACGUGUGUGCUUCAUGGAUGGACCUUCAUUUACUGAAGAUGGCAACCCAUCGAUUGCAAUCAAACAGCUCGUAGAGUCUUGCUUCUUCAUAGGAUCCAGAAAUAACUUCUGUUUGAGGCCAAGGCAUAUUCAUCAAAGAAAACCCACGUAAGCAAGAGUUUUCAUCUUACAGGACUGAUUCAGAAAUUGCUCUUCAGAGACAAUGAAUCAUUGGCAAUGAGAUUACUCCAGCAGACUCCGCGGUGAUUAAAACUCAGCCUCUCAAUCGUUACACCAUUGAUUCAGAACAAAUCUGCUUCAAUUUGAUCAAACAUUCUUGUUUUCUAAAAAAUGAAAACAACAGCAUGAUGGCAGCUAUGUUAAAGUUAAUAUUAAUCGCAUGCCUCCUCCUGGGAAAGCUCUCCCACUCAUAGUGGUGGAGGUCAAGGUCAACAACCGAGACAGAGACGACAGUGGAGGUCAAGGUCAACAUGAAGCCCAAGGAUUUACCAACAAUCAUUGGACAAGGACAUUUCCACUGAAAGAAAUGUUAAUUAGGUGUGUGGGUCAGUAGGUGUGAAGACAAUGGAAACUUUUAUGAAAUGGUAACAGUGUGUUUAUUGAUUAAACCGGACUCCCAAACUGAUCAGUUCAGCAUUAAGGAGGGAGGUGCAGUGACCAUAUCGGGGCCAUCAUAUAGACAAUUUCCAAACAUCAACAAAUCACACAGACUUCCUGUGAAGAACUGGUACAUGUGUUCCUACAUAGACAACUGAUCGUACUAUAUAUAUAUCAUAGGCUGUGUUUGUACCACUAUUCUAUGCAUUUGCUCUGUGCAGUCACUGACCAUCCUAUAGUGUUUUAAGUACUUAAUUUUUUAACAUAGCAUAAUUUCGAAUUUUAUUCAAAUUUUCUUUACAUGUAAAGAAGAAGAGUAGCCAGGUGUUGUGUAGGAUGUCAGUGGCUGUGGGGUGCUUAGUUGUUAUUUAUAUGAUCUCAGUGUACUUUGUGUGUAUGUUUUUAAGUCCAAAGUCGAAAUCUAGGCCAGUGCUUCCUCAUUUACAACACCAGAUUAUUUCAGUCAAAGAUGAAACGUUGAAACAGUAAAACAGAUAACUCAUUGAAAGGCUCACAUUUUGAUUGGUUGAUUUUAAAAGUCUAGUUUGUUCUUCUUUGCUGUGCUUUUCAGACGUUGACCAAAGAUGACAAAAAGAAAACUGAUUUUUAAAAUUGCAAUAUUUCAAGUUUUACUAAAAAAAAUCUUUUUCAAAUUUUAAAAAUACAGUUUUCUUUGAUUAGAUAAGAUUUUGUUAAUCAAUGAUAAAGAACAACUAGACAACAACCAGUGCUGUCUGCACAUGAGAAAGUUUGGUGUGAGUUGAAUUUCCAAGAUGAUUGUGCAGACAAUGAGACAUGUGCUGUAAUAGGUUAUAGAGUCUUAUCAACACUUUUAGAAGAAUUUUCCAUAGAAAAAAAAAAAAAAAGGAAGGAGUUUUGGGGAAAAAAUGUAAAG